AUGCCUUCUGCCGCCUUCACCAAAGCUGCCGAGGAUAGCCGCAAGCUCAAGGCAAAGCCGAGCAAUGACGAACUACUGGAACUCUAUGCCCUCUUCAAGGUCGCCAACGGCGAAGAUAUCUCCAAGGCACCCGCGCCAGGAAUGUUUGAUUUGAAGGGCAAGGCAAAGCACAAGGCGUGGCAAAAGGAAGUCGACGCAGGCACGUCUGCCGCCGACGCCGAAAAGAGGUACAUCGACCUGGUAGAGAAGCUCAAGGGACAGUAUGGGUUCGAUGAGAACAAGGUUCCAGAGGCUGUCGGAUCAAACUAG